CGUCCAAGGAGGAAGCACCUCAGCCGCCCAGCUGGGGGCACACUGGACUGGCCCCACCCCACCCCUCCUCCUUGCAUCCUUGAAAAGCACGUCAGGACUUCAGGCCAUCAUCUGCUGCGCCUGCCUGCUACCGCCACCAUGCGCUGCGUCCUCAGCCUCGCCCUGGCCCUGCUCACCCUGGAGGUGGCCCUUGCCCUGGCCCCAGACUUCAUCCUUCCAGGGAAGGCCAUGUGCCCUGAGGCCAGCUCCUCUGAGGAAGCACCCUGUGCCGAAAGAUCCUGCCUAAAUGAUGAGGAAUGUGGGGGCAACACCUUGUGCUGCCCCAGCGCCUGCGGCCGCUCCUGCAGAACCCCCAUCAUUGUACCUAACGUAAAGGCCGGCGACUGCCCCCGGGUGCAGGCCCCACUGCUCCCACAGCCCUGCGAGGAGAAGGGUGAGUGCUCCGUGGACAGCCAGUGUAGGGACAACAAGAAGUGCUGCUUCAGCCGCUGCGCCAUGAAGUGUCUGGACCCAAUCCUAGAGAACACCCUCCAAUGAGGACCUUCCCUGGCAGCAUGAGCAACCCAAGUCCCUGGGCCGGGACCUUCUCUCUCAGACCCUAGAGUGCAUAAUGCCUCCUACUUGCUGCUAAUAAAAAUUCCACUCGGCUUGAUG